AUGCUUAUAAGAAGUAAUAAUUCAAAUUUUGAAAGUUUAUAGUGAUUAGAAAGAUGGACAUCUUUGGGUAGCCAAUAAAUCUGAAUCUUGAUUUGAGAUCUAAGUACCAGACUUUCUUGGGAGGAUUGGUUUCAAUGUUUAUAGUCUUUCUUUUGAUUGGCUACAGUGUUAAUGAGAUCAUAGGAUAUACAAUCUAGAGAGGCAUACAAAUCACUUAAGAAGUAGUAUUCUAGAUUUUUAAAGAUAUAGACAAAAUUUAAUUAUGAUCCUGAUGUUCUUGUACUUAAUAAUAAGAAUUUCAUUUUUGCCAUUAGAGUAGAGCAAGAAAAUUUCUAUUAGUUUCCUUAAUUCGAUAUUCAAGUUAGAUAACACUAAAAUAAUAAUGAAGUUUCAUUAGAAUUGUAAUAAUGCACUUUUUAGCAAUUCAUCAAUGUAUUAAACUCUAGUUAAGUGCUUGAUUUCUUAGAAGCAAAUUAAGUUGACACAUGGUUAUGUCCAAAAUCUGAAUUUACAAUUGAAUUAGAGGGGACACCAUUUUGUAUGUUUUAAUUUAGCUAAGAGGAUAGCUUCUUCAUUUUCGAAUCUGGUGAUAGAGAUAAGUGAAUGUAAAUCAAAGAGUUCUUGGGGUAGUGAAUGUUAGACAAGAACAUUAAAGGACAGUUAUAAAUUAUAGAUGAUUACAAAAAACACAGUAUAUAAGUAUAAUAUUAUCUUAGUUCAUUAAUCCAUUCAAUAAUGAAUUUGUUGCAGAAGAUUAUUUAGACAAUUCGAUGAGUUUGUAUUUCUAGCCAGGAGAUUUGUAGAGAAUAGAUUACCAAUUUCAUAAGCACAUUACUAAAGAUUAUCAAGGAUAAAUCAAAAUAGAGUAGAGAUGCCAAUAAUAUUAGAGGAUUACUCGAUGAAUAAGAGUGGAGUAUCUUUUCGACGAAUACAUUCAAAUAGAUUUACGAAGGCAAGAACAAUGCUGUAUGGUCUCGUAUAGUAUUUAUGAGAAGCAAUUUCUCAACUAAUUAUAAUAGAGAAUAUUAGACAGUGACUGAUCUAUUAUCUAAAAUUGGAGGUUUGUCUUAAUCUGUGAUUUCUAUUGUAGGAGUAAUAAUUACUUAUUAUAAUAGAGCAUAAUGUAAUUAAUAAAGUAGUAUUUUAGUUUAUUUGGAUAUAUCCAAUCGUCUUUAUGAUUAUGAUUUUAAUAUUGAACAUGAUUAAGGUACUAAAGGUUCUGGUUUAGUUGAUCCUCUACAUUUUAGUGUUUAACUUCAUUAAGAUUCAUCUUAACCACUUAAAAAAAAGAGGAAAACUUAAGAUAAAGCAGACACUAUUAAAUAACCAGAUGAGGAUUCAAUGGAAGAAGAUCCUCAAUUUAAAGAAAGAGUAAUGAAAGUUGUGGAGGAAUAGAAACAAAUAAUGGAUUAAUAUUAAUUUAAAAGUAGGAAACAUUUUCUAUUAGCAACAUUCUAAUAAACUAUAUUAAUGAAGAAAUCUAUUUAAUUAAGUCUAAAAUACUUUUUUUAAAAACUCUUUUGUCAAAAACCAGAUCCAAAAGAAGAUCCUCAUUUAUAUGUGUUAUCUAAAGCAUUAACAUCAGUUAGAUAAGAAUUAGAUGUAUUCUCAAUCUUAAAUCGAAUACAUUAAUUAGAGAAAUUAAAGAAAAUCCUUUUAGAUAGAGAUUAAUUGAUUUUAUUUAAUUAUUCACCUAAACCAGUGAUUGCCGUUAAUGAAAAAGACAAGGAAACUGAUUUUCUACACUAUUCUAAAUAAUAAUCUCUUAAAUAAAUGACAUUGAUAGAAGUGGCAGAAGAAAUUAAGAAACAAUUAAAAACAACUUUCUUAACUAAAGAACAUCUUAGUAUCGAAAAUGUUUUUAAUUCAUAUAAAGCAAUAGCUGCUAAAAAUAGAAAAUCUAAUCGUUAUUAUUAUAAGAUAAAUAGAAAAUUGAAAUAGUUCUUAGGAGAUCAAGUGAAAGCUAUCUUUAAAGCUUCCAAAUUAUUAAGAUUUCCUGAAGAUGAACAGAUUCCAGAGAUGGGUGUUCUAGAGAUUAUGUCAGUUGGAGGAGAAACUGCAGCUUAAUACCCAUUGAGUAUGCGUCCAUCUGUUAAUAUAAAUCAACAAUACUAAUGA